AUGUUUGCUUGGCCCUCUAACCGAUGCUCGGUGAGAGUGGUAGUGCUUGUUGCGAUCCUGGUGGCCAUCAACUUUUUUCCGUUUGUUCGGCCAGGUUUUAGCUUGACCAAACUAGUCUUGAGCGUCGGGGAGACCAACAUUUCUGGUGUCAGCUCCCUGACUCCGAUUGACCCAACAAUCGACCCGACCAUCAAUCCGACACGACUUGAGAUUGGCUUCUUGACCGUCACAAGCACAGAGUCACCCAACUUUCUGGCGCGCUCGUUUGAGGCCAUUUUUUAUCAAAGUUCCGAAGGUGUCAGUAGCUCAACACUGGGAGACACCACUCUCCGAUCGGAUCCCACAGUCUCCUUUGGUACUCCCAAGGUUGACAGCGGGAGUGAGCAGGCCACGAAUCCAGGGCUUGCAACAGCAACCGAGGGUCCAGAUUCCGACGAGGAGCCAGAUUCCAAUGAGGAGCCGGAGGAGCCGGAGGAGCCGGAGGAGCCGGAGCGGCCGGCUGCUGUAAGCGGAUGGAGCGCCGUGGGCCCAGCAGCCAAGUAUCAUCAGUUGGGCUUCACCCCGCCUCAGCCAAACUUCGUCAAGAACCCGUGGCCGGUGAAUGUGGCGAUUAGGAACUCUUGUUGCUACAGUGGGAUCAGAUGCCAAAAAGCUGCACCGAGGUAUAGCAUCUAUGUCAGUUCGAAUGGCGAUCGCAUUUACGCACCGCUGAUUUCUACGGCUGUGGCAGGUCUACGGCAGAGAUCAUCGGAGUGCAGAUAUGAAGUGAAGCAGUUCGUGGAGACCGGCAGGGAACAGCGAGGCAAGCAGUUCAAAUCUGUGAACUUUCAGGCGGUCCAAGUCCGUGCUGGUGAUGUCUGGAUCCACGUGGGGAAGAUCUUGCAGUGGGAGUUCUUUCGUUAUUGUCAGUCAACGUUGGCUCAGAAGCAGGUCUACUGCAUCUUAUACCAAAGUGAUCCCUGGGAUGUGCUGACCAGUCCUGGGGUCUGUGAGAUUUGGGAGUACACCUAUGGCAACAUCCCCUCAGCCCCGGUGGUUCGCACUUUACCCGCGGGCUUUUUGCCUCUGUGGGAACCAGAGCAGAACGACCGGGAAGCCAUGAGGCGAAUCUCUAAGUUCAACGUUGGGAAGAUCGAAUGGGUCUUCAUGGGGCAUCUGGUGCGGGGAAACCGGAGGAAAUGCUGGCGGCAUUUGAGGCGUAUGCCCGAGCUGCGGCAUGUGAAAUUUACAAAUCACAUCAGUGGCUUCGAGAAAAAUGAUUGGAAGAAUCUGGCGAUGAAACACAAUGUGGUAUUCUUGAACAUGCACAAGUACUGCAACGCCAGCAACAGCUACGAUCGUCUUGAGACCGUUCGACUCUCUUCGGUGUUGAGCUUUGGAGCUUUGAUGAUCUCGGAGCCGGUGAACGAAGUUGAUACAGAAAUCUUCAAGGACAUUGUGAUCUUUGAGAAGAAUCUGUUUCACAGCUACUCUGACUGGAGCCCACAGUUGAAAGAUCUGCUGGGAGAUAGUGCUCAGAUCAUUGCAUUUCAGCGGCGCGCCUACGCCCUGUACAAAGAGAAGUUCCAGCCAGGAGACGUCUUUUCUCUCACGCCGGAGUUUGGGACACGGAGCAAGGACCGAACUGCACCGGAUGAUCCGGUGAUGGACGGUGAUUCCAGCACAAAGCUGCUGGACCCAGCGCGACCUCCGGAGGGCGUCCAAGUGAGGAGGGACCAGCCGCUGCCAGCUCUCUUGCAGCGGGUGGUCACCGACAUCACCGCCGUGCCGGAACUGUGUCGUGCGCAGGCUUUUCGCAGAUCUCGCAGCCAAAGUGGUGGCUCCACGCUAGGUUUAGAUGAAGCCAUGUAUUACUUCGAGGCUGAUGAUGCAGUAAGGAUCUCAGAUGUGGGCGAGGCAGUGGUGCAAAGGGCCUUUGUCCAUUGGCAUAUGAAGGAGUCUUUGGAAGGGCCAGCAGGCUACGGCCACGGAGGUUGCCUUGCCGCACUCUUGGAUGAUGCGUUUGGGUCCUUUGUUAACGCCCAUUUGCGCUCCUUGGGGCGUAGCGGCAAAGCAAUGACUGCGUUUUUGAAGGUUGACUACAAGGCGCGACUUGCUGGCCUUACUGUCACACUUGACAGAAUCGAUGGUCGCAAAGUCUUUCUGCAAGGCCAUUUGCUGAUCGAAAAGGAGAAUGGUUUGCUGAAGACCUGUGAAGGGACCGCGUUGUUUCUAGAGCUGAAGCAGGAGCUCCGUGGCCGGAACUUGCACUUCGAAUGCCGCGAGGUUAGCUCCGGUGGCGACAGUGAAAUCAACAAGCUGUCGUUGUUGAUCGACAUUGGGGGCCUAGUGGCUUCGCUGGGAGCAUUGUGGUACCUCUUCAAGACCAACAGCCAAGGCAGCUUCACGGCCAAGCAUUUGGAGGAGAGCAAGGAUUUGAGUCGUCAACCUUCGGUGACCUUUGCGGACGUGGCAGGCAUGGAGGGAACUAAGGAGGAGCUGCAGGAGGUCAUUGCCUACUUGCGCGACCCUGACAGAUUCUAUGCUCUUGGCGCCCAGCCGCCCCGUGGCAUCCUCCUUGCGGGACCCAGCGGCACUGGCAAGACGCUGAUGGCCAGGGCAGUGGCUGGCGAGGCCGGAGUGCCCUUUUUGUAUGCCAGUUCGGCCUCCUUUGUGGAGAUUUUUGUGGGCCAGGGAGCCCUGAGGAUCCGACAAUUCUUUGAGCAGGCUCGCGCCUGUGCACCUUGCAUUGUUUUCCUGGAUGAGCUUGAUGCCGUGGGCUCCUCGCGCCAGAUGUCCGCUUCGGGUGGAGGUGGCAACCAGGAGUAUGCCCAAACGCUCAACCAGUUGCUACUCGAGUCCCUUCCUUGGCGGCGAGUUGGGGCUUGGGCCGGGCGGACCAUGGGGACCGAAUUUAGGGGUAGUUGUAGGGCUCCGAAAGUCAGGCUUGAUGGCGUGGAGAGCAAUGCCAAUGGUGCCACCGUCGCGGAGGGGUGA